AUUUUCAGAUUUCAAUCACGUUGAUGUCAUGUGUUAUUAGCGCACCCGUCGGAAACGAUGCCGAUGCUACCAUAAUCAGUUAUGAAUAUGAGCAGAAGGAAAACGGAUACUUUUUCUCUUAUACAACUAGCAACGGAAUCACAAGGGAGGAAAACGCUGUGAUAAUAGAUGAUCCUAAUGGAAAAAAUGAUGAAAAUCAAAUUAUAAGAUUAAAUGGAUAUUAUUCUUACACAGAUAAGGAUAAUAACCUAUAUCGAGUAGAUUAUGUAGCCGACGAGAAUGGGUACAGGAUCGUGGAAAAGCCUAAGGCUCCACCUACUCAAAUUGCCACCCAAGGACUAUCGAUUUCGAUACCGGCUUACAAGCCCCAAGUACAAAAAGGAAUAUCUUCAGCUGCUCUAGCUUCUCUUGGCGGGUCAUAGAAUUAGAAUUUGAAACAAAUAAACGGUAUUCCACAACAAUUUUUAAAUACUUAUCUGGCCUUACACCUCUUAUGAAAUUAACAUAUGUGCUGGUGUAUUACUAUUAAUUCUGUGAACUUC